UGUGAUGACAGUUGGUUAAAGAUGACGCAAUAGUGGCGGCUUAAGGGUCCCGUCCUCAUCGCUAAACGUAGACGGAAUAAGGACGAUGACUAUGACCUAUGUUGUGCACAGCCGUGCAACCCGGUUUUGUUUAUAAUACGCUGUAGUUUUGGAAUGGCAUAUGUCACGUUUACGACUGUUCCUUUCGGCAGUAUUUGAUAUGCAAUGUUUUGUCCGAAGACUAAGCUAUUGAGAAAACUAAAGUGCAGACAUAGUGCGACCUAAACAAUGACAGUAGUAAAGGUCUGUAUCCUGAUUGUCAGGUGCAGGAUGGUAGGCUAUGACAACAUUUUUAAAUUCUAAUAGCAUAAGACGUUUGGAGGCGUUGUAUGCGGAUUUCACUGGAAAAGAGGCAUAGAUCUCGCAAACCUCCAGCUGUUUCUAAAGCGUGUUGAAAUAGCCUAAGAUUGUGUACAUAUUUGAACGUUUGUGGAUUUUAACGUUUUUAUUCAACUUCAUGGAAAAGAAUCGAUGAAAACAAAUGAAUCACAGUUGGUUCAUUGGAAAUCGCAUCAUGUGGGCACCAACGGACGAAGAGAAAAUAGGAGUGGUGAUCUGCAGCUUCCAGGGGUGUGUUUCACACGGCCUGACUCUCGAGAUGGGUGAAACCGUGCAGCUACUAGAGAAGUGUGAAGGAUGGUAUCGAGGGUUCUCGACCAAGAAGCCAACAGUGAAGGGUAUCUUCCCUGCCAACUAUGUUUGCCUGAAGAGGGCUGUUGUCACUAACAAAGGACCGUAUGAGAGCGUGGUGCCCAUGGAGGAUGCCAUAGGGUCGGAGGUGACCUCCACUCUGCAGGAUUGGGCGGUGCUGUGGAAGCAGUUGUAUGUGAAGCACAAAGUCGACCUCUUCUUCAAGCUGUGUCACGUUAUGAACGAGCUGAUUGACCUGCGGAGGCAGCUGUUAUCUGGUCACCUGACUCAGGAUCAGAUCCGUGACGUGAAGCGCCACAUAACUGUGCGUCUGGACUGGGGCAAUGAACACUUGGGCCUGGAUCUCAUCCCCAGGAGAGAGUUUGAGAUGGUGGACGCAGACCAGAUCAGUGUGUCAGACCUCUACAAAAUGCACCUAUCCAGCAGACACAGUGUCCAACAGAGCAUGACCCAGGGGGACGGUGUGCGUCAGCGGCAUGGCGAGGCCUCUCGCGUCCCCGUACCUCACCACCUCUUCAUGAACCUAAAGAACUUCGCUUCCAACACCAUUGGCGAGGACACGGACAUCUUCUUCUCCCUCUACGACCUGAGAGAGGGCAAGCAUAUUAGUGAGAAGUUCAUGGUGCGACUCAGCAAAAAUGGCGGCCCGAAGAACCCAGAGAAGUUGGAUCGACUGUGCGCUCUAUUCACAGAUUUGAGUAACAAGGACAUGAAGAGGGACCUGUAUAUUAUUUCACAACUCAUAAGAACAGGCCGGAUGCUUCUGAAUGACUCGAAGAAGGGCCUGGCCCAUGUCCAGUACAGACGUCCGUACGGGUGCGCCGUGCUGGCCAUGAGCGAUGUGCUGCAGACCAUCUCGGAGAUGAAGGAGGAGAAGGACUUUGUGCUGAAGGUUUACACAUGUAAUAAUGAGAAUGAGUGGUACCAAAUCCACGAGAACAUCAUCCGCAAGUCCAGCACAAAGUACACUGCGCCCAGCACAAACUACGGAUUGGUCAUCUCUCUGCAGCUGCUGAGAGGAGAGAUUGAGCAGGUUCGGAAAGAAAACCCUAUGAUCUUUAACCGGGGUGUGGCUAUCACUCGUAAGGUGGGCUUCCCUGAUGUCAUCAUGCCAGGUGACAUCCGAAAUGACCUCUACCUGACCUUAGAGAGAGGAGACUUUGAGAGGGGCGGUAAAAGCGUUCAGAAGAACAUCGAGGUGGCGGUGUAUGUGCUGUAUGCUGAUGGGGAGGUCCUCAAAGACUGCAUCAGCUUGGGCUCGGGUGAAGGUGAGGCGAGCGCCACGGAGUACCGCUCGUUUGUGCUCUACCACAACAACAACCCCCGCUGGAGUGAGGUCAUCAAGCUUCCCAUCCCCAUCGACCGGUUCAGGGGCUCACACCUGCGCUUCGAGUUCAGACAUUGUUCCACUAAAGAUAAGGGAGAGAAGAAGCUCUUUGGGUUCGCCUUCACCCCGCUCAUGAGGGAGGACGGGACCACGCUGACCGAUGACAGCCAUGAACUCUACAUCUACAAGUGUGAUGAGAACACGACCUUCAGUAACCACGCCCUCUACUUGGGCCUACCCUGCUGUAAAGAGGACCUGAACGGCUGCCCCAACCUCCCUUCCAGCCUCAUCUUCCAGCGCAAUACAAGAGAGAACCUGUGGAUCUCAACUCAACUGUCCUCCACCAAGCUCACUCAGAACGUGGACCUGCUGGCCUUGUUGAAGUGGAAGGCUCACACGGAGCAUGUGACGGAUAUCCUCGGAAGACUACGCCACGUGAGCGGAGAAGAAAUUGUGAAGUUUCUUCAAGACAUCUUAGACACCUUGUUCUCCAUCCUGGAUGACAACACUGAGAAAUAUGGACCUCUUGUCUUUCAGUCAUUGGUGUUCAUAAUCAAUCUGCUGCGUGACAGCAAAUACCACCACUUUCGGCCUGUUAUGGACACUUACAUCCAGAAGCACUUUGCCGGAGCCCUGGCCUAUAAGGAGUUGAUUCGCUGCCUGAAGUGGUCCAUGGAUCGUUCUGCAGAGGCGGUCAGACAGGACCACAUUCAAGAUGCUAUGAGGGCUCUGGAGUACCUCUUCAAGUUUAUCAUGCAGUCCCGCAUCCUGUACUCUCGCGCCACCUGUGGCCUGGAGGAGGAACAGUUCCGCAGCAGCAUUCAGGAGCUCUUUCAGUCCAUCCGCUUUGUGCUCAGCCUGGACAGCCGCGGCUCAGAGACUCUCAUCUUCACUCAGGGCCCUCAGCCCGCCCCUGGACCACCAGCAGGCUCGCUCACGUGUCCUCAGGCCUGGGCCUCAGCCAGCCCACGUCCCUCUCCUCUCUCUGCUGCCUUAUUAAACUCCUUCCCCGCCAUAUUUGACGAGCUGCUCCAGAUGUUCAGUGUGCAGGAGGUGGCGGAGUUCGUGCGGGGCACGUUGGCGAGCAUGCCCAGCACCGUUCACAUCGGCCAGGCCAUGGAUGUGGUGAAGUUGCAGUCCAUUUCACGCACCGUGGAUAGCCGACUCUUCGCCUUCCCAGAGUCCCGUAGGAUCUUACUUCCUGUGGUUCUGCACCACAUCCAGCUGCACCUCAGACAGCAGAAAGAACUCCUCAUCUGUUCCGGCAUUCUCAGUAGUAUUUUCUCCAUCAUCAAGACCAGCUCACUGGAGUGUCCAGUGCAGGAGGAGGUGGAGAUGAUGGUGGAGAGCCUGCUGGACGCGCUCCUGCAGACCAUCCUGACCAUCAUGAGCAAGGCCCAGUCUCAGGAGGCGGUAAGAGGCCACCAACGCUGUCCCCAGUGCACGGCUGAGAUCACCGGGGAGUAUGUGUCUUGCCUCCUGUCACUGCUCCGACAAAUGUCCAAUAUUCACUUCCAGCGCCUCUUGGAGAACUUCCAGAGCAAGGAGGAAUUGAAGGAGUUUUUGCUGAAGAUCUUCUGUGUGUUUCGUAACCUGAUGAAACUGAGUGUCUUCCCACGAGACUGGAAUGUAAUGAGACUGCUGACUAGCAACAUCAUCGCCACCACCACUCAGUACCUGUCCCCGGCCCUGCACAAGAACGGCACAGAUUUUGAUUUUAAGGUAUGGAAUUCAUACUUCAGCUUGUCAGUGCUCUACAUCAAUCAGCCCAGUCUUCAACUGGAGACUUUGAGCUCGGCCAAAAGGAGGAGAGUCCUGGACAAGUAUGGAGACAUGAGGGUUGUGAUGGCCUACGAGCUCUUCGGCAUGUGGCAACACCUCGGUGAGAAUAAGAUCCACUUCAUCCCAGGGAUGAUUGGCCCCUUCUUGGGAGUGACGCUGGUACCUCAGGAGGAAGUGAGGAACAUUAUGAUCCCCAUCUUCCAUGACAUGAUGGACUGGGAACAACGCAAGAAUGGCAACUUCAAACAGGUGGAAGCCGAACUGAUUGACAAACUGGACAGUCUGGUGUCAGAAGGGAAAGGAGACGAGAACUACAGGGAACUCUUCAGCCUGCUCACCCAACUCUUUGGGCCAUACCCCAGUCUCCUGGAGAAGAUCGAACAGGAGACGUGGAGAGAGACGGGCAUUUCAUUUGUCACGUCUGUGACGCGUCUGAUGGAGCGGCUCUUGGAUUACAGGGACUGCAUGAAGGGGGAUGAAACGGAGAAUAAGAAGAUCGGUUGCACCGUCAACCUGCUGAGCUUCUACAAGUCUGAGAUCAAUAAGGAAGAGAUGUACAUCCGGUACAUCCAUAAGUUGUGUGACAUGCACCUGCAGGCGGAGAACUACUCUGAGGCGGCGUUCACCCUGCUUCUGUAUUGGGAAUUACUCCAGUGGGAAGAACGUCCCUUGAGAGAGUUCCUACACUACCCGGCUCAGAGCGAGUGGCAACGCAAAGAGGGCCUUUGCCGUAAGGUCAUCCAUUACUUCAACAAGGGAAAGUGUUGGGAGUAUGGUAUUCCUCUCUGCAGAGAGUUGGGCUUCCAGUACGAAUCACUGUAUGACUAUCAGAGCCUCAGCUGGAUACGGAAAAUGGAGGCAGCAUACUAUGACAACAUCAUGGAACAGCAAAGGCUGGAACCGGAGUUCUUCAGGGUUGGCUUUUAUGGACGCAAGUUCCCCUUCUUCCUCAGAAACAAGGAGUUUGUCUGUAGGGGUCACGACUAUGAGAGACUGGAAGCCUUUCAGCAAAGGAUGCUGGGAGAGUUCCCACAAGCCAUUGCUAUGCAGCACCCAAAUCUACCCGAAGAGGCCAUUCUACUGUGCGAUGCUCAGUAUCUGCAGAUCUACGCGGUCGCUCCCGUUCCUGAGAGUGUGGACGUGCUGCAGCUGGACCGCGUGCCCGACCGAAUCAAGAGUUUCUACCGCGUCAACAAUGUGAGACGCUUCCGCUACGACCGGCCCUUCCACAAAGGCCUUAAAGACCGUGAAAAUGAAUUCAAGAGCCUGUGGAUCGAGAGAACGACUCUGACCCUAACCCAUCCCCUGCCAGGCAUCUCCCGCUGGUUUGAGGUGGAGAAGAGAGAUCUGGUAGAGGUCAGUCCACUGGAGAACGCCGUCUCCGUGGUCGAGAACAAAAAUCACGAGUUGCGCACACUCAUCUGCCAGUACCAGCACAAGCAGCAGCUACACGGCAAUAUCAACCUCCUCAGCAUGUGUCUCAAUGGAGUCAUCGACGCAGCCGUCAAUGGAGGCAUCGCCCGCUACCAGGAGGCCUUUUUUGAUAAGGAGUACAUUGCCACCCACCCAGAUGACUCGGAGAAAAUCACCCAACUGAAGGAUCUUAUGGAGGAGCAGGUACACGUCCUAGGUGUGGGUCUGGCAGUACAUGACAAGCUGGUGCAUCCAGAAAUGCGUCCCCUGCACAAGAAGCUGAUCGACCAGUUCCACAUGCUGCGGAGCGGCUUGUGCCACGGCCUGGCUGGUCUGGAUAAACUCAGCUCAGCUUGUACGGGAGCGAGCACUCCUCGAGGCCUCCUGACUGCGCACACCCCAAUGAGCCCAGAAUCCAUCAAACUCCUUCACAGACACAGCGAGAUGGGGAAUCUGCUCAUCUUGAGCGACGGCCUGCUGGUGGAACACCCUGAAGAUGUCUACCGCAUACAGCCCAGCCCCUCCUCCUCCAGCCUCAGUUCCACUCACUCCGCCCCCUCACAGAUGACCCACCCAACCGGCAUCAGAGUGGGUUCUCCGUCCCUGCUGGAGAAAUCCAAACACAACAGAGAGAUGCUGAUGCUGCUGCCCCAGAGAGACCGACCCAGCAGCGCCCUGUACCCCAGCAUCACUGACAAUGGACAGCCAGCCAACCUCCAACGGGCCCUGCUCCAUCAGGUGAUUGGUCCAUGCAAGCCUAGCAGUGAUCCCAAUCUCUCCGUAGCAGAGAAAGUCCUCACCGCUCCCAGCAGCUGGAGUUUGGACAGUGGGACUCGUGAGGUGCUGCCAUUUCUGUCUGCCCAUGUGGGGAGUGUGGUGGCACCACCGGUACCGCCUCGCAACCUGCCCCCUGGCCCUUUCUCGAUGCACUUUGAUGCUUUCCACCACCACAUGAACGAGCUCCCUCCAGCUCUGCCUGUACGAACCCUUCCAAAGUCGUCCCUCCUGCCCCCUACACCUGCGUCUCCCACCAGUCCUCCCUCAGCAGCAGGCCUGGAUGGGAGUAACUCCACGCUAUCAGGCAGUGCCAGCAGCAGCAGUGGCGUGUCCUCCCUGAGCGAGAGCAACUGUGGCCAGUCCUCCUCCUCCUCCUCGGAGCCCACAACGGACCCUUCAGACGACACACUGGACUCCGCCUCCGCCUCCGCCACCGCCACCGCCACCGCCACCAAGGUCUGGUGCAUCACUGAUCACGCUGGAGAGGCUCACACCUACCUGCCCGUGCACCACUACAGCGUGUCUGAGCCAGACGUCUCGUCGGAGUCAAGCCCAAGAUCCCAACCCUGCCGCAGCCAGUCCGCCGCCCCUGGGGUGCCCCCCCCCAUCAUUUCUCCCAACCCCAGAUUCCUCCUCCAGCAUCAUCAGCACCAUCAUCUGCAGUGGAACUCCUCCAAUGAGCCUCCAGCGCUGCCCCCCAAGCCUUACCUGUGGGAGGGGUGCAGCAUCCCGGAGGAGGACUUUAAGCCGCCGGUCCCCAGGCCUACUACAGGCAGAAGGAUCUCCCAGCCACUGCUGCUCACUAGUAGCAAGGAAGAGCAGGCUAAGGUGGCGUGGGAACGGGGCAGCACUGAUGAGUGAUGUGGUGUGAUGUGUGUGUGA